CAGCUUCCACUAUCCGCAGCAGCAGUCGACCGCCUGCAAUGCAUUCCUCGACUAUCCUCAUUUUCGUUGCUUUCCUGGCCGCGUUCGUCUCCGCCGUCCCUCAGCUGCAAGACAGAAGAUGUCCAGCCGUAACCAGAUGGUCGACUAAGACACUUACGCAAAAACCAAAGACUUCCACGAAGGUUGUUACGAUCACUCGAACCAAAGCCACCACAUACACCCGAUCUACCACGCUUACCAGGUGGCGCUCGGCAACUUGUCCUCCUCAAUCGCCGAUUACAAUCACGGUGACCGCCACCCCCACGGUUCCGCCAACUCCGACGUCGAGCCCAGCCUGUCCGGCGAUGCCAGUAUCCGAUCCCAGCUUCGAGAACGAGGACUGGGAAUUCGAGAUCCAAACAGGCGAGGGGACCUCUCUGUCGUACGCAACAUCUCCCUCGCCGCGUACUGGAAGCCGAUACCUUCUGUCGGUUUUCUCGGCGUCGCUCAACGGUUUCCCCGGCCGCGGGGGGCAGGCGCGAUCCAGAGCCUUCGCCGUUUGCGGCGGCAGACGGUACCGGUUCUCGGCGUGGACGAACAACUUCAACCUCGGUGCGUAUGCGAUUUUCACGAUUGAUGGCGUGUAUACGGUGCAGACGGAUAUGUCUCCGGCCACCAAUGUAUGGACACAGGUAACGACGGAGUGGCUUGCUCCACCGAAUGGUGGCAUGGUUAAGAUUGCGGUUGGCUUUGCGUACAGUAGAGAGUUGACGGAGCAGGGACUGGCGAUCACACAUAUGGGUGUGGAUGAUGCUACUUUGACGUUGAUUGCUUGAUAUCUGAUAGAUAAUGUCGGAGGAAAUAUGUACCUAGUACUUUUGUAUAUGGAGCGAAUUCGUGUUGGAACCGGAGGU